GAGUGAGGGAGUGAGGGAGGGAGGGAGUGAGAGCAAGCUGGAGCAAUGAGCGAGAAUUGAUUGCGCUGGAAUUACACUGCGGGGGUCGGGGACACUGAGGGUGAGUUAAAGUGAGUGAGUGCGCGAGCUAGCUCGCAGGCCUGAACCCUGCUGGCGGUGCAGUCAGGCCUUUAAAGCCUUCUGAUGAGAAAUUCACUUUGGAGUUCUCAGCUCAGCUCAGUAGCUCGGCCCGUCCCAGCUCCUCUCCUCGCAUCCCGUUCCAUCCCAUCUCGUCUGGUUUUGGUUCCCACUCCGCUGCGCUGCAGUCAGAGCUCCAAGUCCCCACUCAUUCCCAUCUCCCACCCUCGGAUUGAAGCUCUAGGAGCUAGACGACCACCACCCAGCUCGGACUCGAUGAGAGAGUAGUUUAAGGAGGAAUAGAAGAAGCAUCAGCAGCAGCAGCAGCUCGAGCUGUUGCGGCCAAUGCGGGCUUGUAGCCGUGAUAGCCAGACUAUCCCAUCUAACUAUGUCCUUGAGGUGUGAGGAAACACAUGUGGGCGGAGUCGUAUGCCUUUGACACUGUGUGCAGCAGCCACCGAGCCAUUUGUGCAUGUUACGGAUUUCCAGGCCCAUUGGAACGCAUGGUGUGACUGAUCCUGGACUCACCGAGAGACCGAGAGGGAGACAGUUUACAUGUGUGAGUGAUUGAUUGAGUUUCACGUACAUCGAAAUGAGUCGUAUCGGAGAAGGAGUAUGAGAAUCGAGCUCGAGGAGAAGAUUGCAGACCAGACCAGAAAGCUUCCGUGCAUCGGGUCCGAAGAAUCUGUCGAGCUGAGACAGUGAGGAGUCGAGCCGAAGGUUUCCCCGGGCGAGUACUCGAAAGGAGGAGAUGGCACCUACGAAGACGGGGUCCCUCGGGGGCAGUGAUACGGAUGGCAUUGUGGGCAGCUACGGCGAGAUGCAGGAACAGCACCAGAAGAUUGAGCAGCUCGAAAACGACGAGCAGCUUACUAUUGGUGGCCGAGCCAAGGACUUGCUCUGGCAUGGUGGAUCUGCCACCGACGCCUGGUUCAGUGCAGCCUCCAACCAGGUGGCUCAAGUUCUGCUGACUCUGCCAUACUCUUUCUCACAGCUGGGAAUAGCUUCAGGAGUUACCUUCCAAAUAUUUUACGGUCUGGUCGGAUGUUGGACAUGCUAUCUCAUCACCACCCUGUACUGCGAGUACCGUGCUCGUAAGGAGAAGGAGGGCCAGGACUUCAAAAAUCAUGUCAUCCAGUGGUUUGAGGUGCUGGGUGGACUGUUGGGGCCAUACUGGAGGAUGGCUGGUCUUGUCUUCAACUGUGUUUUCCUACUCUUCGGAUCCGUUAUCCAGCUCAUAGCCUGCGCAAGUAACAUAUACUUGAUCAAUGAUAAAUUGGACAAGCGUACAUGGACGUACAUCUUUGGCGCAUGCUGUGCUACGACUGUGUUCAUUCCCACCUUCCACAACUUCCGGGUCUGGUCGUUCCUCGGCUUGAUUAUGAUCACUUACACUGCGUGGUACAUGACCAUCAGUUCCCUCAUUCACGGACAGGUUGACAACGUUGAGCACUCUGGGCCCACUAGCCAGGUCCUGUAUUUCACUGGAGCUACCAACAUUCUCUACACAUUUGGCGGUCAUGCUGUCACUGUAGAAAUCAUGCACGCCAUGUACAAGCCUGCGAAAUUCAAGGUCGUGUAUCUGCUGGCAACAAUCUACGUCUUCACAUUGACACUGCCAUCCGCCGUUGCUGUGUACUGGGCUUUUGGUGACAAGCUUCUCAAGGCUUCCAACGCCCUGUCUCUGCUCCCAAGAACCAAGUGGAGAGACGCAGCUGUCGUGCUCAUGCUUAUCCAUCAGUUCAUCACAUUCGGAUUUGCUUCGAUGCCACUUUACUUCGUGUGGGAGAAGUUUCUGGGCGUCCACAAGACGAAGAACCUUCUCUUCCGGGCCUUGUGCAGAAUGCCCGUCGUACUUCCCAUCUGGUUCCUGGCAAUCAUCUUCCCCUUCUUCGGACCUAUUAACUCAGCCGUGGGAGCUUUACUGGUGACAUUCACUGUAUACAUCAUUCCAUGUGCCGCCCACAUGGCUGUGUACCGUUCCUCGUACGCACGAAUGAAUGCCGUCUUCAAACCUCCGAGAUUCCUUCCCAGCUGGACUCUGAUGUACAUGUUCAACAUCUUCCUCCUGAUCUGGAUCCUAGUGGUGGGAGUAGGUUUCGGAGGCUGGGCGAGUAUGACCAACUUCGUCAGGCAGAUCGAUACGUUCGGCCUAUUCGCCAAGUGCUUCCAGUGCCCUCCUCGCGCGGUUGCGGCUGCGGCACCGUCCUUGAAAUUGGCCUAAACGAUCGCUGCUGCUGUCAGCUCUAUACUACCGACCCAUACUACUACAUCAUCAUCAACACCACACAACACCGACGCGCUGAUGAAGAUCGGAUUAUGACAGACAUGCUGCAGACAGCGGAUGCAAUGAACUGUCCCCGGAAGACUGAGGUUCAGGACAUGGAACAAGACUGUACAGGGCGAGGAGAAUCAGCGUGGAUAGUAGUAUCUAGAGGGCCUUCUGUCUCUUUUUACUCGGCCUGGCCUUCACGAGAGAGAUCUGAUUCUAGAGAAAGAGCAGUUGAAGAAGAUGAGGAUGAAGAUGAAAAAGAAGAAGAGGAAGAAGAGAAGAGAAGAGAUGAGAAGAGAAGAGAACGAGCAGGCCAGAUAUAUGUCUCUUACUUAUACAUGACUUUUGGUGCCGCAGAAUGUGCCCAUGCAUGCAUAGCAAAUCAGCAGAGCGGACUGUGCCCUGCCCUGCGCUGCCAUGCCAUGCGCUGCCCGACCGACCUACCUCCUGUGACCCUAUCCGACUUCGCAGUCACCUCUUAGCAUAGCGAGACAACUAGAUCCAGUAGCCAUAGGAUUGGCACUUACUGUCACCGCGAGCACUACUCCUUCCCUUCCGCCACAUCCAAAACCACCAUCAUCAUCAUCAUAGUCCUCAUAAGUGCACAAACGCCACCUCGUUUGGUUCAUUCGGUCCGCUGAAACCUUGUAGAAUCAGCAGCAGCAGCACUCAGUAGGACUCUAUUUUCCUUAGCGCUAGCAGUAGCAGUAGCAGCAGCAGCAGCAGAGUAGUAGUAGAAUGAUUCAUCCACUCAUCCGCCAUCUUCCUCGGUUCUUAUCUGGUCCAAAGCUGCGGCACCACACUGUCUUGGGUUGUAAGUCGCGUAAGCACGGGACUACUUUCAAGUCCCACAGAAAAGUUUACUUGUAUCGUUAUUAUACUUAAUGGCUCAUCUUUGUCUAC